AUGGGGAAGAAUCAGCAGUACAAGGCGGCGCAACGAGCCAAGUCGAUGAGCCGUGGGGGUGGCGGUGGUGGCGGCGACGAGGAGAGCAAUGAUGGAAUGAUUGAUGGAUCCUUCCAUUCUCCAGCAUGGCAUGCUGCACGCCUGGCAGCCUUGCAGACGACCAACACGCUCACGUGGGAGGAGUGGAAGGCUCAACGAAAGGAAGAGGCGAGGAAGCAGCAGGAAAUGGAGGGUUUUGAGGAGCAGCGGAUGAAGGAGUACCGGGCUCACAAGCGCAAAAAGGGUGGUUCUGAAAGCGACUCAAGCAACUCGAGCAGCGGCGACGAGGACAGCGACAAGAAGAAAAAGAAGAAGAAAUCCAAGAAAGAUUCGGAUGCUCUGAGCAGUGCGAGCGAGGAGGAGGAAGGUCCUGUUCGCCUGUCUUCCUUCCUAGAGAAGGGAGAUGACGACCUUCCAGGGUCUGACGAUGAGGAUGAGCCGCUGCCAGCUAAAAGCAAAGAGAAGGGCGGCGAUUUAUCAAGCAUUUUAGCUGAAGCUAAGAGAAGAGCGGAGAUUGGGGCUCACAUGGUGGCUGAAGUAAAAAAGGCUGAGAUGAUCCAGUCUGGUCUGCCCUCCUGA